AAAGCUAUUUAACAAGAUGGUAAAAAAUAUAAGGGUGAGUUAAUUAAUUUUGUAAAACUUCAGUAACCGACGUAAUUAUUUCUCUAUAAAUAGUUCAUACCCUAUCCUUUCAUUCGUCAAAUUACAGUUAGAGAACAUACCCUUCAAAGAGUUUUUAAGAAUUGUUCUUCUUUUCCUUUAUUCUUUGAGUCCUUGUCGAUAUUGAUUCGACUUUUUAGUCAGUUUCUGGAUUUCUGUCAAGAGCUAUUUCUCUACCAAAAACGAUGUCUCAGACAAACUCUACAUGCUAUGAUGGUGAUGUUGACUGUGAAGUUUCUCUUUCUGCUAGCUUAAUCGUCACCAACACCAACACCAACACCAACGCCCCUGGAAAAUAUGCCCGGUUCUGGCGCAGGUGUUUAGUUGUUGGCUUUUUCAUCUCUCUGAAGAAAACCCCUCGUGAUCACAAUGUCUCAUUAUCGCUGCGAUCACCAUCUGUUUCCUCUGAUCAACUUCCCAGAACUUCCUCCAGUCAAUCUUGGCAUGCCAUGGAUAUACGUUCUGACAAUGAGGAAGUAGAUAUACGUUCUGCCUCAGUUCUUGACUCUGAUAUGCUUACUGGGAUCCAAGAUUCAAUUCUUGGUUCUAAUGCAGUUCCUGCAAAAGGAUUUCUUCAUUACUUCUUGGACGGCCAAAACAUCUGUGCUAUUUUCCUUCUUUUCAUCUGUGCUAUAUUGUCAUUUGCUGUUGAGAUGAUUGAAGAAGGAGCUCAUCAUGGAUGGCAUGAUGGGGUUGCCAUAAUUAUUGCCACUUUAUUCCUUGUCACUUCCCGUUCGGUUUCGAACUUUCUUCGUGAGAAGGAGGUGAAGAAGAAGAACAAAUCGGAAGUUGAAGUCACAAGAAAUGGAGAACUCCAGCGGAUACGGGUAUCAGAUAUUGCUCAAGGUGAUUUACUGCAUUUGAAAAUAGGGGAUAAGGUUCCUGCUGAUGGUUUGUUUGUCAAUGGCAACGAUUUGGUUUUGGAUCAAGUAGUGAAUUCAAGAAUUGAUCACGACACAAACCCAUUUAUCUGCUCUGGAUCAAAAGUAAUACAAGGGCAUGGCCAAAUGCUUGUGAAAGCGGUGGAUACUAGUAAAGUAUAUGGCGAUCCUACAAAGAGGACGCUUUUACAAGAAAAAAUAGAGAGACUCGACCAUUUUAUAGACAAUGUUGGUCUUCUUGUGUCUGUGCUAAUCGCUGUUAUUGUGUUUGUCGGGUUGCUAUGCAAGAGACAGCACAAAAAUGAUCAUGUGUUGCCAGAAUUGAAGGGAAAUGUCUCAAUUGAUGUGCUAAUGAAGAUACUUGAGAGUAUGUUCUGGAGGCCUAGAGGAAGGGUUUGCGUCUUGACAGGCUUUCUUACGGCAAUAGUGAUAGGAAUGCAACAUGGAAUGCCUUUUGCAAUUACAGUUUCCCUCUCGUACUGGAAUGAGAAGGUCAAAACAUAUGGGGUAAAUCCUCAGAAUUUAUCAGCUUGUGGUGCCAUGGGCCUUGUUACUGUCAUCUGCAUCGAUGCAACUGGGGGCUUAAUUUGUAACCAAAUGGAGGUUAACGAAUUCUUUAUUGGCAGAGAAGAUAUGUACAAUAAUGAUCUUGAUUCUGAGAUUCCUCAAGUUGUUCUGGAAGCUCUACACCAAAGUAUUGGUAUGCCUGCUCUUGUUCCUGACAUGUCUGUUACCCCCAUCAUCAGUUCGCUUGCAGAUUGGGCAAGGUCCAAGUGGGUUAUUGAUACGGAAUGGUUAAGCCAACAGUUCUCUGUUCUCAAUCACGGGAGUGUAACAUCCAACAUAAACACUUACCGUUGGGCUGCGAUGAAGAAAAAUGAAGAGAUUGAGCAAUUUGUGCAUUUACACUUGCAUGGAGAUGCAUUGACAAUCUUGAACUUGUGUACACAUUACUAUGAUAGGAGGGGGGAAAUUCAUGACAUAGAAGAUCAUAAAACAAAUUUAGAGCAAGUGAUUGAAAAUAUGAAGCACAGAGGUCUUUUGGCCAUUGGAUUUGCUUGUAAGCAAACGGAGAGUCCAGAUCCAGAACCUAAUGCACAAGGUUCAUGCUUGCUGGCAGUGAUUGGUCUGAAAUACUCGUGUUUCAAAAUGCUUGAAGAUUUUCGAAAUGCUGGAGUGAGCAUCAAAUUGAUAUCACAAGAUGAGCUCUCAAUAGCAAGAGAAGCAGCCCAUAAACUUGGAAUCUUUUGCCUUGAUUCAAAUAAUGUUGAGCUUGAAGGUGUACAAAUUCGAGAUUUGAAUAACACUGAGAGACGAAGGAAAAUAGAACAGGCAAAUAUUAUGGGAAGUUGUUUAGGUGAGGACAUGCUUCAUGUUGUUCAAAGUUUGCAAGAAAAUGGUCAUGUAGUUGCAUUCUUUGGAGGGUUAACAAGUGAUACUUCAGCUUUAAAAAAAGCUGACAUGGGAAUCACAGAGGUAACCCUUAGCACAGAAAUUGCCCGAGAGAGCUCACACAUUAUUAUUUCAGAUAAAAGUUCAUUACCUGAUUUUCUGAAAUUUGGUAGGUGUGCAUACAACAAUAUUCAGAAAUUCACUCAACUACAGCUGACUGCUUGCAUUUCAGGGUUACUGAUAAACCUUGUUGCUGCAAUAUGUUUUUGGGACUCUCCACUAACAGCAAUUCAAUUAAUUUGGGUGAACUUUGUUAUGUGCCUUUUAGGCAGUUUAAUGAUGGUAAUGGAGUUGACAAGUAAAGAACUCAUUUCCAAUCCACCUGCUAAAAGGGCUGAGCCACUGGUAACCAAAGCCGUUAGGAUCAACAUAGCAGCUCAAGCCAUGUCACAGGCUUCUCUCUUGCUGGUAAUGCACUUACUUGGUAAAGCUAUACAAAGCAUAGAUGAAGAUAUGUGGAAAUUAUUGGUCUUUAAUAGCUUCUUGCUAUGCCAGGUAUUUAAUCAGUUAAAUGUCAUGAGCAUAGUAAGUAAAGAAGUAGCAAUUUCAGUUAUUCACCACUACUGGUUUCUGCUGGCUUUGGGGGCCGUAAUGGCUAUGCAGGUGCUGAUUCUUGAUUUUGCAACAAAUUUAGCUGGUUGUGGGAGAUUGAAUUUGUUGCAUUGGGGUUUGAGUUUCAUUAUCUCUGCACUUUCAUGGGCCUUUGGAUAUGGUGUAGAAUUAGUUUCAGUUUUAUUCUCAAAUUGGUCUUCAACAGCAUAUGGUUCACAUCUUUGUUUGGCAUUCCACUUUCUAUGAUCUUUCAAUAAUCAAAAUUACUUUUUUAAUCCUAUCAAUCGUUAUUUGUGAAUAUCAAAUGUUUUUGUUUGGUAUUUGCCUCUCUAUGAUUUGUAGCCCUCCUUUCAUUAGGUGUUACUUGUAGUUGUAAUAAUGUCUA